AUGUCAACUACUACUUCUAGAUGGUCACCAAAGGCCAAGGGUAAACACGAACCUAGAACGAGCAAAGACCCUUUUCCUGGCAGUACCUUCACUUUCUUGGCUCUACCAGCGGAAGUCCGAAUCCAAAUCUACCAUUUGGUUCUUCCUGAGAGAAGGGUCUGCAGGCCAAACGCCAGUGUACGAUUGCGAAGGAACCUCUACGGUCGUAGAACUCCACAACCCGAGACUCUUGCGCUUGCUCGAACCUGCAAGCAAAUUGAGGCUGAACUCAGCUCUAUUCACUUCGGGGACAGGUCUUUUCACUUCGAAUCAGUAUACGACAUGUAUCACUACCUUGACAAGAUUGGCCCUGGACGUCGCUUCUUUAUUACAUCUGUUCGUGUCCGUUUGGACAAGAAUGAAUGUGUGCAAACGAGAGCACGUGAUAAUCGCAGCACAAUACCUAUGAGAGAGCUGCUCAAGGCUUCCUUCAACCUACUUGGUGAAUGCAAAAGCCUGAAAACCCUGUAUCUUCAGGUCAACAGAGGAACAACAAUGUAUCGGUCUUCGCAAAACAGAAGCUCCAGAAAUGUCCAUAACUUGCUGGCACUUAGAAGCGAAGGCGUUUUCGCCGCCGUUCAUGGACUGGAGAAUUUGGACCUCAGAGUCAGAGAGAGCCCCUUCACAGGCAAAGCUACCCCGGAUUUAUUCGAAUGCCCGAUUGAAGCCAAUACAUGGUCAGCUUUUACAAGAGAGCAUCUACAGUCGUUUGAAAAGUCAUUGAGGAGAGACAUGAGGAGUUCCGGCAACACAGCGUUGUCAAAUGUUAGCAAGGGCGAAUCAAGAACGAGGAAAUCAGGUUCAGAUCCGGUUGAGGUUACUCUUCGAACAAGGGAAGGAGUGAAAAGAAUUAACUGA